AUGCGUGGAAGAGCUGCCCCAGCCUCCGACGCUUUUUAUAGUCCCUCCUCGGAGCCUUCUUCUCUGAGGUUCCUGCGGCAGAACUUUGCGACAGCAUGCAGUCCGGUGUGCGUGGUCCGCAUAGGCUCUGUCGACGUCGUUCUUCCCCUUCCGCCCUUCGCUCCCCGAGAGUGUGCAUGUUACCAAGAAGCCACCGACUCAUCUCUUUCUUGUUUCGCUUCUCCUUUUUCGCAUCCCCUGAGUGCCCAGAGAGCUGGAGAGGCCCUUGCGUUGUCGGUCGGCGUCGGUGAUUUCCCUCGCCCAUCAACGUCCCCAGGAGACUCCACACAGCGACUCGCAUGCCAGCCGUCUUGUGCCUCUUCGUCUCCUAAGUGUAGGGCCAGAGAAGGAGGCCUUGAGGACGACUAUCGCCAGGGUGAGGCUGAGGAGAAGCUCAAGCAAGGCCACAGUGAGAGAACCAUUUUGGUGGAUCCCGGAGCGAGGGUCUGCGCAUGCAAGGGGAAGCAGGAAAGCUCUCAAAAAGCAGAGGUGAACGUACCUGCUCGCGCUGGUUCUGUCCCCUGUUCUACGCCUCCCAGAGAGGGCCAGGAGAGGAAACUCGAAUCAAGUCGCGAUUCCCCUCGAUCCCUUGCGCGCCGAGAGGUUUCCGCCUCCCGUUUCUCGCUCGCAGACAGAUCUCCAGAGAGACGGCGCGGAGAGGAACGCUCAGAGUCGGCUGUCUCGAUUCAACGCUUCGCCACAAAGGUGUGCCCAAAGGAAGAAACGCGUCGAGCAGCAGCUUCCAAGUUCUGUUGCUCUCUUCCCGCCGCGCGUCUCCUCCACGAACGAGUCGUCGCUCUUCUGUCUCCGGAGGAGCGCGUUCUUCCGGGACGCCUGCGCCACUUGAGAGCAGGGCGCCCGGGCUUGCUGGUUCUGGACACAGACGAGCUCUGUCCCCUUCAACACUUUCUGUUCGAGCGACCUGUGGCGCGCGUUGUGGGGUCCUUCUGCUUCCUUGGAGACAGCGCAGACCACUGGACAGGGGGUUUGGGGACGCGCGAGAGACGAGGCGCCGACGGCGGCGAGAGGCUCGAGCAACGUUGGACCACGGCCGUUCUUCAGACGGCGCCCUUCGAGGCCGGCCCUGUCUCACCGGAGGUCGCUCUCGUAGGCUCUGUUUCCUGCGCGCGCCCUCAGCAGUUUCUCGUUCUGGAAUGGCCGCUGCCCCCGUGUGGAGACGCCUGGCACAACUUACCUCGUUAUUUUUCUUCUCUGUCUGCUUUUUCCUCUCCAAGGCAAAUCCCCCUUUUUCCUCUGUGCGGAAGGGAGGCGCCACACUCUUCUGGACACUGUCGUGACGAAACCGGAGACUUCUUGUCUCUCCUUCCGUCCUCGGCAGCGGUGUCGGAAUCUCGGCUUUCUGUCUCUUCGGGGGCUUGGAGACCCGACAGUGAGGGAGACACACAGGCCUUUUCGCCUCGAGCAACGGCGCGUUGCUUCUGGCCUCGCCCCCGGGAUGUGUGGAGUCGUGGACCUGUCGUGGGUCCGAGAGAAGACAUCCUUUCAGAUUCAGACGACGGCAUGCCGCCAUUGUCGACGCCUCGAAGGACGACAUGUUCCCUGUGUUGUCGCCCGCGCCUGUCGUCUCCCGCGCGCGCUUCUCGUUCGCAUGCGUCUCGGGCGCUUCUUUCUGGGCCUUCGCGGCAGGCCUCUGGACCUCGCGCUCACGGAGACGCCCUGGAGGACGGCGGCGGACGGCUGGACCUCCCGUCAGGCCUGGGACCCGCGCCACAGAGGCUGCGUUUCUCUGGAGCCGAAGUGACUUCCCUUGCGACGACUCUGGUCGCGCAUGCAUUCGAGCCAUUUUUGUCGAGCCACUCCACAGCGACUGCCGCGGGCGUCCUGCUGGCGUCUCUGCUCUCCGCCUUCACGGCGAGUGUCACUGGAGCUCUGACGACCGCGGCUGCUGUCGUGGCGGCCCACGGGGGCGCAGGGGCCUCCUCGGCUGCAGCCGCAUUGUCCUCUGCAUGCGUUCACAGCGACUACGCGUUCGACGAGGAGGACGAGGAGGGUGGCGAACAGGAUGGCCUUGCGACGCUGUUUGCUUUUCUCUUUCUCGAAUCUUCGCACUGCCGACUGCCGCGGGCGCCUGAAGAACAACAGGGCACAGCAACUGCUCGCGCAGCGGCUUCCUCUCGCACUUCGCCUUCGCAGACUGGAGCCGGUUUCGGAGAGAACGGAGACCGAGGAGCCGAGGAGCCGAAAGAGAAUGCAGAGGGAGAAGGCGAGCUCGUGCGCGGCGCCGAGGAGACAGGAGAAGAAGAGACCUGUGGGGCUUGUGGGAAGGGAACCCGAGGAGACAGCAAACCGAGGGAAGGACUCGGGAGCGAUGCCGGUUUUCUGAAUCUCCCUGUCUCUCUCGGUCUCGUCGCCCUCUUUUCGAACAUCUCCUUCUCUUCCUGGAUCGCUGCCUGCUCUCAGCUCGUCGCGGCUUCCCGUCUGCUCUCCGUCCUCGACAGAGAAAAGGACCUGCCAUCUCCGGCGACCGACUGUGCGUCCUCGGAGGGAGAAGAGUCACAGAAAGGACAGGAGCCGUGGGGCGAAACCUGCGGCGCAUCCGGAGACAGGGCAAGGGGAGACUGUGGUUGGGAUGAGACUCGGGACGCUGGGGAGGCCUGUAAGGCGCGAGGUGAGAGAACAGAGUCCUGCGAGUCGCAGCGCGUCGCGUCUGGCUCACCGACGGUUUCAAAAGGGAAGAGGCAAGCGAGUGUGCCGGCCUUGAGGCCACGGAAGAUUUGCCGUCCUUUUGCGCCAGUCCUGUCGUCCUCAGAAGAUGAAAGGCGUCGAGGCGACUUUUGUUGGAAAACCGAAUCGUCGAACAACGCAUGCGGGCGGUCUUCCUUGUCCCCUCCUCCUUGCACGCUUUGCCGAUGUCGCUCCUUUUCUUCGUUUUCUGCCCCCGCUCCGCCAGCAUCCCCAGACUGUCCAGGAGAACUCUGUCACGGCUCUCUCUUGCCUUCUGCGCCGUCUCCGCGGUCGUCUUCCAUUCGCUGCUCCUCCUCAAACUCUGCAAAUCUCUUUUCCUGCGUUUCCGCUGGUACGCGCUCGCGACGCUCGUCCUCCCCUCGACCCACGGUCUUCUCUGUCUCUUCUCUGGCUCCCGAGCCGACUCCCAGCGCGGGCAUGAUCUUUCCGCCGUCGCCCUCCUUGUCUCCUGCUGAGCCAUGCUGUCCCCGCUCUGCCCUUCCUCCCCUCUCUGCUCUCUCGUCUCUCUCCGUACCGUCCUCCCCCUCUGCCUCGUUUCCACCCUCGCGCUGUUCCUCUUUCUCCUCUCUCUCUUCUCUCUCCUCUCUCUCUUCUCUCUCCUCUCUCUCUUCGCACAAUUCUGGCUCUUCGCUGAGGCUCGGCGCCUCGUCGUCGGGUCUCGCUUCAAGUUUGUCGGAGAAUAGCUGUUUCCCCUGGGGUCUCGCGUGGUUGGAGCAGCUGCUGGCAGUGACGAUGGCCAUGCUCUCCCCCCAGAAAACCUUCUGCGACAGCGCUGGAGUCGCCGCGGCUGCAGGCCUCACCGCCUGGCUGGCCCUCGCCGCCACGGGGAGUCCCGGCGCAGCCGCGCUCGCCGCCACCGCCUCGUUCGUCGCCUCCGGGAAGGCCAAACUCGACGGCUCCUGGAUCCUUGCAGGCGAGAGACAGGCGGAGACAGAAAGGAGACAGGUGGGGAGAGAAGAGAGACAAAUGGGGAAGGAAGAGAGACAGCUGGAAAUGGGAGAGAGACAUGUGGAGGCGGACAGAGGAAAGAGUCAUACUGAGAUAAAAAGAGAUGAGAGGCAUGUAGGUAUACAGCUGGGGAAGACAACCGUGGCGAGAGGACAUCAUAGACGCCGCGACCAGCGCGCAGCGACAGAGACACAGAGAGAGGAAACAGAAGGAGAUGAAGACAUGGGAGAAGGCGCACCCGUAAAUCAGGGAGAGAGAGGAGAAGGAAGAGAAAGAGGAGAAGGAAGCGAAGGACGCGGCGUGGAACAGGGUAUCACGGGUCGAGGGCGACUAGAGGGAGGAAACAAGAGCGAGGAAGAGAAAAGAGAGGGAAGAGGAAGCGUGGAAAGAUGCCGACGGUGGCAGGAAGGCGUCGAAGAAGGGAGUACGCUUAAGACGAACAGAAACAGGGGAGGAAAGAAAUGGAGGAAACAUCAACUGGUACAAGAUGUCGCAGCCACGGAGGAAGAAGACACUCUCGGGUUCCGUGACAUAGCUGCUGCAAGGAUUCCGCCGCAGUCUCCCGUCUUAGACUGUCAAACUCCAUCUUCACCAUUGUCAUUUCUCUCGACUCCCUUGCGUCCGUCUUCCUCUUUAUCGUCUUCUUUCUCUUCUUUAUCUGUCGCGUCUGCUGUCUCUUCUUCUUCCUCGUCUUCUUGUUCAUCUUUUCCUUCCUCCUCUUCUUCUUUCUGUUCCUCCUCUCCCUUCCUGACUUCUUCGUCUUCUCGUUCGUCAGUGCCAGCACCACUACAGAGAGCUUUUUCGGAGAGAUCGGAGGGGAAAGCGGAGCUCUUGACUCAGCUGUCUGCAGCGUCCCCUUUUGGGUCGACAGAUGGAAAGUUGGAUUCAUUUCAAUUCCAGAGACGACGCGCGGCCACAGACAGCAUGCAGACUCUUCCCUUCUUCUCAGGCGACUGUCGCGCUUUUGGCGGCAAGAACGGAGAGAAGAAAGCGAGCUCCACAGACUUGUGUGGUAGCCGGAGAGACAGUGUCCAACGUAAAAGAGGCGGAAGUGGAACUCAUGAGAGAGUAGAAAAAGAACUGUGUGAACAAGUGACACUUGCGACUCGUGGAAGACCAAGAAAAGCGACCCGGUCCCUCUUUUCUUCCUCCGUUUCGUCGCCUCUCUUCGCUGAACCGCCACCGUGUGCGUUGCCUCACGGAGACCGUCUGAGCCUUCCAGAAGGCAUGAAGACCCACGACGCCGGUGAAACUCGAGCGAAAAACGGUGUCGCAUGCAUGCCUGCGAAGAGGACAUCUCUCGACAAGACGCCCCCCUGCUUUCCUCCUUGUCUGUUGUCUCGGCUUCUGCACGCCCCUCUCGCUUCCGCUCACCGCCUGGGGUUUCCCUCCCUCGCGUUGCUGCUCUUCCUGCGGAUCCGCUUGCCUGCUGUAGUAGCGCGCAGGUCGGGACCGUCUCAGGGGACGCGACUGCAUGCAGGCGACUCGCGCGCGUCUCUCUGUGGGGUCGCGAGGCCUUCUCAGUCCCCGCGGAGGCACCCCAGGAAGGAACUGUCUCUGUCGCUCGCUCCGGAGUUCCCUGGCGGUUCCGCCUGUCCGUUGGGGAGUCACGAGCCGAGCUGGAGGCCGCCGGCGUUAGCCUCGGAGGACAUCGAGUUGGGCCUUCUGCUGAGUCGCGAGGCGACCAUCAGCGACCUCCUCAUUCACACCUUUGUCUCGCUUUGUGAGCGCGGACUCCUGCCUUGGACUGGGGGUGACGACAUGGGGAAAGAAGACGACGACGUCGACAUGCAUGCGUCUUCCCGAGAGAACUGCGUCAACGGCUUUCCAAGGACGCCCCGCCACCCAGGUCUCGGAGGCAGAGGACGCGCGCGGUCGCCCGCUACGAUGGAUGGGAGGCGUUUCACAGGUCAGCCCGGAUCGCAGGGGACAGCUGGCUGUUCUCGGUCAGAGCUGAGGCGGUCGCGGCAGAGAAGCGCAGACCGGAACAGGAGCUCGAGGGAAGAAUCGCGGCAAACGGACGAGACGGAGGAGAGAAGACGGUGUGCAACGCGCGCGGUGAAGGGUGCGAACGUCUGCGGAGAGGGGAACAGAGGAGAAAAGCAUGCAGGAAAGAAGAAAACCCUCUUCCGCGCAUGGCUAGUUUCCACGCCUCUCCCGGUUUCUUCUUCGACUCUGAAAAUACUGCCCUCUCAGCCAGCGCCUGAGACACAACUCGUACGCGACUGUCGCUUCUUCUUUGGGGAGCGUCUCUGUCUUGUUCUCUCUCCUGUCCCCUUUCCGCAUGCAGCUGCGGAACUGCCUUCGCCUCUCGUCCUCGAAAAACUGGACAGACGUCAUGCACACUGGAACAUCUCUUCAUCCUCGCCGCUCGCUUCCCCGAGACCUUCCUUCACACCCCACGAAUCGCCGCAGCGCUCUGCUCUGGCCGCGUCGGCGUCGAGGCCCUGCCCUGCGUCGGAGGCCUCCAGGGAAGAAGAGAAACUCGUCCAGGCGGUCUGCGCGACGCGUGGUGGAAGGUCGGAGAGUCUUUCACCUUCGUCGGCUGCACUUCGGCUUCCCCUCACUCGCUCUUCUCUCAAGACCGAUGAGAAGAUAGAAGACCUGAGGAAGACGUCGAGCGGCUGGCUCUCGCCUUUCGAACUCGAGACAGACGAAGCCGCGAGGAAACAGCUGGGUGCUCUGGAGAAGCGGAUUCGUGACAAAGAGGUUCCAGAAAGCGAGACGGAGGAGCAGGAAGAGAAUCGAAUCCCCAGAGAUCUGAGGGCCGGCGACGGAAUGAGGGGCAAAGAUUACGAGGAGACAGACGAAGAGACUGCAUCUUCUCGGAGGUCUCUAAAAGAGAGAGAGGAGUUGAUGCUUGCCCGCCUGCCUUCCUCUUCCUCUUCCUCUGAGUUUUCUUUGCGAGCCGCUGCAGCAUGGCUCGCGUCUCUGAGUGUGGACAUUGAGAAGCCCGAGCCAGGCAGUCCUGUGUUUGUUCUUUUUAGAGAAGAUUCGCAGACGACACAGAAACCUUGCGGCGACCACCGUCCGGCCUUGAGCUCUCAAAGAAGCCAGCCGUUUGGCCUCUCUCCACAUCCACGUUCUGUUUCGUCUUCAUCGUCUGCCGAUUCUUCCUCCUGGUGUUCGGCGACCAAGACAGCAGGCAUGGCUCCGGAGGACAGUCGAGAAGCGACGAGAGCUUCAGAAACGAAUGAGGAAGGGAAUUCUCUGGCGACUUCCUUGAGAGGAACAGGCAAUCGGUCUGUGAGACACCGCGACGAAACACUCCUCGCAUGCAACCGUCGCUUGCUGCGAUCGACGGCUAACGCCCGCCAGUUCGAAUUCCACCCUGACUUUCCAGAAGUGAUCUUAACUGGACACAAAGAUGGAUCGAUUCGAAUCGUCGACUGCAUGCGCGACCGCGCGGUCGCUGGGCUCUGUGUGGACAGCGGGCCGAUUUUGGGUUUGUCUUGGCUUUCGCACCACCCUGGGCGUCUGGUGUGUGCGGCGAGUGCCACUGGGGCUCCGUACUUUGUUUCCUGGGACUUGUCGGAGUUUCUCGGAGGAGAAGAGAGACGCGAGAAAGCGAGAGAGGCGCGGAGACCACAGCAAAGGUGGAGCCGAGGCCGCGCAUGCGCCAGGGGCCAGGACGUCGACAGCGGAAGCCGAUCACCCACACCGGAGUCGGAGGGACUUUGGCGAGAUGUGUGUUCGUCUUCAGCCUUUGUCGAAGACGCCUGGACAAGCAGCGCGGCUGAGGAAAGCGAGGAAGAAGAGUCAGGGACUGAAGGCUGUUUUUCCGAGGCGGAGGAAAGGUCAAACGGAGACCGGGGCCUCCACUCGCCACGAGGUCGGAGGGCUUUUCUCUCGUCUUGUUUGUCGCGCUGUCCUCGCGAGAGAGCUGCUCACAACGCAGGAGGACCCCGCAGAGGCAGCGGCCUUUUCGGAUCAUGGACGUCUUCGUCGACUGUCCCUCGCUCUUCCAGAUCUCCAGGCUUCUGUCCUCACAAGGACUGCGGUUGGUUCUCAGCUUCGCGUUCGUCGGCGGGUCUCCGUGUGGUGCAUACGGGUGUUUCCUUUGACCAGCAACUCAGCUCGCUGUCUGUCUCCUGUACCGACGACUUCCUUCUGCUCUCCGGCUUCAGUACGAACUUGAGUCUCUACGACGUCGCCACGGGGCAGCGGCUAGGGGCUCUUCAGCGUCUGCAUACCGGGUCAAUCAACACAGUGCGUUUUUCGUCUUCUUCUCCGCAUGUCUUCGCGACCGCUUCUUUCGACCAAACCUGCAAGGUCUGGGACCUCCGGCAGCGAAUUGGCCUCUCUGCCGCGAGGCCAACAGCCUUCGACGCCUUCGAAGAGGAGCCUGGCCGGCGCUAUCCCCAGAGGCCUUGGCAGGCCUUUCGCCCCAGAGCCUGGGGCGCCUCCGGAGGCGACAGUGCCACAGCCGUCCCGGUGCAGACCUUUUCGACAGGAUCUCCGAACGUCAUGUGCGCCUUUUCCGACGACGGCCUCUGGGUCCUCUGCUCCGGGGUCGACACCGUCCUCAGGCAGUACGCGUUGCGCGGCUGUAAGGCAGUUCCGGACCGAUUCGAGUUGCCGUCCGCGCGCGCAAACGCCGCGACGAACUUCAGGCGGUCCUUCUACCUGCGAGGGUCUCGGCGCUUCGUCACUGCAGGCACAGAAGAGAGUUGUGUGCGCCUCUUCGAUGUGCAGAGCGGCGCGAAUCUUGGCAACAUUUCCUUCGAGGGUCUCUUGAGUGCAGCUCAGAGAAGAAGGGGGACUCCACAGGGAGGUCCAGAAAGAAGUGGGAGACGCAGGAGGAGGGAUUCGACGAAUGCAGGGUGUCGGAGGGAGGUGGAGAGGGAGAGGGAAGAAGAGAAUGGUUCUCGGAUGCCUCUGCGUUCACGAGGUCACAGCCAACUAAGUGCCUCGGGAAGGAGAGAGGCAAGUCUGGACCGAAGACUCUCUCGAGACUACCAGGUAGACAGACCAAGGCGACGCUCUCUUGGAGCCGAGUUAACGCCAUCAAGACCUGCGUUGUCGGUUGGGAGGGACUGUCGACGGGAAGAGACUUCUUUUACACGCAGUGAAGAGCGUCGGGGGGAAACAGAUGGACCGAGACGAAAUGGAAGACGUUUUUCUUCGUCCAUCUUACAGUUUGCCUCUCAGGAAACCCAAGAAGAACGGCAGGGAGAUGACGCAGAUGACAGCGACAGGGGCUCGGAAAGUGAAGAGGAAGAGUCACGGGAACGCUCGGCUGCUCCGUCACGAGACCUGGGGAACAGGGAACGUCGCACUCAGCUCUCAGAGAGUCCACUGCUUUCACUCUUCAUGCCUUCGCUCUACUCCCCGGAGGUGUGGACGCGCGCCGCCUCCUUCGCAGCCGCUGGAGGGGAGUUCUUUUUUUCGUCUCUGCGAGAUCUGUACGUCCAUUUUCAGUGGCGCCUGCUACAGCUAGACAGACAGAACGAGUGGCAUUUGCGCGAGGACCAUGUCCAGACCUACAGUCCAAAUGUCCCAGCUAGCGAAGAGUACAUACAGUCUCUCAGGGGGCACCCAAGCGAUGAUCACGCGUUUGCUGCGCUCGUUGCAAUGCCCGUUAACACCCCGUAUUCCGGAGCUGAUGACCGGGCUGGGAGUGCAGGGGAAAGACGCCACGAAAGGGAGGCGAGUGCGCAGUCUCAAAUGGCCCGAACACAAAGGUCGUUCGUCGUUCUCACGGAGCUCGCCAACCGGGAAAAAGUGGGCUGGUAG